AUGCUGGCGCUGGGGCAAAUGGACGGAGCCCCCCGGCAGGGCGCCUUCCUGCUGGGCAGCCCACCCCUGGCCGCCCUGCACAGCAUGGCCGAGAUGAAGGCACCCCUCUACCCCGCGUACCCCUUGCCUUCCUCCGGACCGGCCUCCUCCUCCUCUUCCUCCGCUUCGCCCGCCUCCGCUUCUCCCUCCCCGCCGCUCGGCUCCCCUCACGGCUUGAAGGCGACCCCCGUCGCUUCCUCCUCCUCCUCCUCUUCCUCCUCCGUCGCCCCGGGGGGGCUCUCGGGGUUGGGUUCGGCCCCUCCGCAGCUCUCGGCGGCCACCCCUCACGGUAUCAACGACAUCCUCAGCCGGCCCUCCAUGCCGUUACCGGCCGCCGCUCUCGCCUCCGCAUCCCCCUCCGCCUCCUCGGCCGCCCCCGCGGGGCUUUUGGCGGGGUUACCCCGUUUCGGUAGCCUCAGCCCCCCUCCUCCGCCGCCUCCUCCCCCUCCUCCGCCGCCUCCCCCCGCUCUUUACUUCAGUCCCGGUGCCGCCGCCGCCGCCGCCGCCGCCGCCGUGGCCGCCGGGCGCUACCCCAAACCUCUGGCCGAGCUACCGGGCCGGACGCCCAUCUUCUGGCCGGGGGUGAUGCAAAGCCCCCCCUGGAGGGACGCCCGACUCGCCUGCGCCCCCCAUCAAGGCUCAAUUUUGCUGGAUAAGGACGGAAAGAGAAAACAUACCAGACCCACUUUUUCUGGCCAGCAGAUUUUCGCCCUGGAAAAGACUUUCGAGCAGACGAAAUACCUGGCGGGCCCGGAGCGAGCCCGGCUGGCCUAUUCGCUGGGGAUGACCGAGAGCCAAGUCAAGGUCUGGUUCCAGAACCGACGGACCAAGUGGCGGAAGAAACACGCGGCGGAGAUGGCGACGGCCAAGAAGAAGCAGGACUCGGAGACGGAGAGGCUGAAGGGCGCCUCGGAGAACGAGGAGGAGGACGACGACUACAACAAACCCCUGGACCCCAACUCGGACGACGAGAAGAUCACGCAGCUGCUGAAGAAACACAAG